AUGUCCGAGGCAUUUGGAAGUCGCACGGUGCUGUAUGUACACGAGCUGUUGCAUUCACCCACAGCCGAUGAAAUGAUGGUGUAUACACACAAUUUAUUUGCACGUAUGGGGCUUCCCGAGCCAUAUCCAGACGCUGAACGGCUCGCCAUUGCUUUACUGACUGGCAUCUUUACGUUACUCGCCUAUUUUGUGCUCUUUGGCAAACGUCAUCGUCAAAGGAGACGAGUGCUUCAGGUGGAAUUGGAUAAAGCGUACAAGAAAGUGCAAGUUCUGCAAGAUCGAAUGGCUCAGAUGGAGGUAGAGGAGCGUGAUGUGCCGCCAAAGGAACAGAUUCGGAUCUGGAUGGAUGGGGCUUUUGAUAUGAUGCAUUAUGGACAUAUGAAUGCAUUUCGUCAAGCGAGAUCCCUUGGAACGUACUUAGUAGUGGGUGUCAAUGAUGAUGAAUCGAUUACGGCUUGUAAAGGUGCCCCUCCUGUACUGAAUAACGACGAACGUAUUGCAUCCGUUGAAGGCUGCAAGUUUGUAGAUGAGGUUGAACCUCAUUGUCCUUACAUUAUGAAUGAAGAUUACUUGCAACGGAUGAUUAUAAAACAUCGUAUUGAUUACGUCGUACAUGGAGAUGAUCCGUGUAUUGUCGAUGGCAAAGAUGUGUACGAGUCAGCGCAAAAACUUGGUAAGUACCGAACGAUUCCACGUACGGAAGGUGUAUCGACCAGUGAUAUUCUUGGACGGAUGCUUGUGAUGCACAAGACUCAUCACACACACGAUCACUUUGCUGUCAAUGGCCAGCUGUCGUCGCGGAUGCUGCAGGACAAGAAGGUCAAGGAACGUCAGUCUAAGUUUUUGACGACGAACCGCAUGCUGCGUCUCUUUUCGGUGGGCAAUCACGAGCCGUUGAAGACGGACAAGAUCGUGUACAUUGAUGGCGCAUUUGAUAUGUUCCACGCUGGUCACGUCGCGAUUCUACGUCUCGCCAAGGAGCAAGGCUCGUAUCUGAUUGUAGGUGUGCAUAACGACAGCGUAGUAAACGCUCAUCGUGGCCUCAACUACCCGAUCAUGAACCUGCACGAGCGCGUACUUAGUGUCCUGGGCUGCAAAUACGUUGACGACGUUUUGAUUGACGCACCGUUGCAUGUUACGCCCGAAAUGGUGGCGUCAUUGAGCAUUUCCGUCGUCGUGCAUGGCACACACCGCGACCGAAACCGCUUGCCCGAGCACUCGGUCGAAGAGCACUAUGAGUACGCGCGCAAGGCUGGCAUUCUCAAGUUGAUUGAGAGCCCCAUCAAGCUGGACGUGCACGACAUUGUGACUCGUAUUAACGGCAACCGUGAAAGCUUUGAGAAGAAGUUUGUGAGCAAGAUGAAGUCCGAAGAAGAAUACUAUGCGGAUCGCGCCUUCCUUCUACCUCGAUCUGCUCGCGUGCUUCCUCGCCAGCAACUCGCCGCUCUCUUUCAAAGACAAAACUUUCGAGUCUGUCGUGACUACAAGCGUGUCGCUCAUCGGCAGUCUGCCCCCCGAUCAAAUCUCUCUUUAGCGCUACUCUCGCUCUCUGCACUUGCGUUAAGCUCUGCAUCUUGCACUUCUAAGCUUCCAAUGGAGUCCGCCAAUGCUGUAAAGGCAGAGGAGCUGUACAAUGACAAUACUUUUGACCGUCGCGAGUUGCUCGCUUUGCUUCAAGAGAUGCACGCGUCUCAACCAGACGAUAUCGGUGUGAUCUGGCGCCUCACUCGUGCUGCUUACGACGUAUCAAAUCUACAAGCCACGAGUGAAGAUGAAGAGAAGGAGCUUAUGUACUAUGCCCAAGACAUUAUUCAGAAAGGUUUGGACCUUACAGAAGACGUGGCAGCUGUGCACAAUUGGUACGGCAUCAUUCUGUCAUCUAUCGGUGACUAUGAAGGUUCCAAGGUCUCAAUUGCCAAUUCAUCCGUCAUCAAAAGUCAUUGGGAAAAGGCCGUGGAGCUCAAUCCUCAUAACCCGACGACGUACUAUCUACUAGGACGUUGGUGUAUCGCCAUUGCCGAUCUCUCAUGGCUCGAGCGCAAGGCUGCUGCUGUUUUAUUUGGAACACCGCCCACGUCUUCCUACGAUGAAGCGUUGACUUUUUUGCACAAGUCGGAAGAAUUGGCUCCUGACAGCUGGAAAAAGCGCUCCUUGCUCAUUGCCCAAGUCUAUCAGAAGAAAAAGGACUAUCGAAAGGCCAAGGAAUGGGUCCAGAAGGCUCUGGCGAUCGCUAUUAGUAGUGAAGAGGAUGAAAUUGCCCAUGAAGAAGCCCAGACGUUGCUCACGAAGCUCUAG